ACCACAAAAACCUGCAAAUAGGCUUGAAUGUGACCCUGAUCAUGACUCACUUUAUGAUAUCGCCCUCAACGUGCCAUAGAUGAAACCCAGCUGCUGUCCUCAAGCAUUAGUAACGUUAUGGUAAAUCAUAAGAACUUUCUGAAGUAGAUACUUCAAGGAAUGAGGAGACGUAAACGUCGCAAAUUUUGCGCAGAAUUCUCCCCACUAUGGCAGAACGACAGUCAAAUCAAAGUUCUGCUGAGACAAUGGCCUAUCCUGCUCCUCCGCUGCCAGUGUCAGGACCGAAAUCUCCACCACACCCUGGCUGUUGUGGAGAUCCCAAGAUGCAAGUUUUCAAGUCCAGCAUUUGUCUUCAAUCUUGGGUGUGUCACAAGGGAGACAAAAGACACUUCAGGAAAAUUCCCACUGGAAAGGCUUAUGCAGAGGUCCGCAUUGUAUCUUCCUUUUUAUUCCUGUCUCUGCUUUCAUUGUUGGAUGCCUCAAAAACACACACUGCCAGAGAUCUUGGCUUUACCAGAGAAAAUGGAACAAAUAAUGCUGGAGGAAUAACCUGGAGGGGUUUAAUAAGGCCUUCUUAAAGGCAGGCUGGGUCACUGGGGACCAUGCUGGCGAUACAAUCACCCAUCACAUUCCUUCUCAUCAGCCUGCUCUGUGUCAACCAGCUGCAGCAAAGCCACACCAUGGAUAUUUCAUUAGAUACAGACAAACACAGAGGGAACCAUGAGGUCAUCGCCCAAACACCUGCAUCUGAACCAGCAUCCGAACAAGACAACAGCCUUGGAUACAAAGGGUCUCGUCUUCGCCAGGAAGACUUCCCUCCCCGCAUUGUGGAGCACCCCUCUGACCUCAUUGUGUCCAAAGGGGAACCAGCCACUCUCAACUGUAAGGCAGAGGGCCGUCCAACCCCCACGGUGGAAUGGUACAAAGAUGGGGAGCGCGUCGAGACGGACCGCGACAACCCACGCUCCCACCGUAUGCUGCUGCCCAGCGGGUCCCUCUUCUUCCUACGUAUCAUCCACGGACGACGGAGCAAGCCCGAUGAUGGCAGCUACGUGUGUGUGGCCCGAAACUAUCUGGGUCAGGCGAUCAGUCACAACGCAUCCCUCGAAGUAGCCAUUUUACGUGAUGACUUCAGACAGAACCCAGUGGACGUUAUGGUCGCAGUGGGUGAGCCGGCGGUGCUGGAGUGCCAACCGCCCCGUGGGCACCCUGAACCCACCAUCUCCUGGAGGAAGGAUGGUACCAACUUAGAUGACAGAGAUGAACGCAUCACGAUUCGCAGCGGCAAGCUGAUGAUCACCAACACCAGGAAGAGCGAUGCAGGGAAAUACAUCUGCGUUGGAACUAACAUGGUGGGAGAGAGGGAGAGCGAGAUUGCUGAACUAACUGUGCUAGAACGCCCAACCUUUGUGAAGCGGCCCAGCAGUGUGGUGGUGUUGGCAGAGGAGAGCGUGGAGUUCCACUGUGUGGUUCAAGGAGACCCUGUUCCCACUGUCCGCUGGAGGAAAGAUGAUUCUGACCUGCCUAAGGGCCGAUUUGAAAUCCUAGAGGACCAUACCUUGAUCGUUCGCCAAGUGACCUCUUCAGAUGAGGGCUCCUAUACAUGUGUGGUGGAGAACAUGGUUGGAAAGUCUGAAUCAUCCGCCACGCUUACUGUACACGUGCCCCCAGCAUUUGCCAUACGCCCCAGGAACCAGGUGGUGGCAGCGGGCAGGACGGUCACCUUCCAGUGCGAGGCCACUGGCAACCCACAGCCCGCUAUCUUCUGGCAGAGGGAGGGCAGUGAGAGUCUCUUGUUCUCUUACCAGCCACCGCAGCCCUUGAGCCGUCUCUCUGUCUCCCAGAUGGGCAGUUUGACCAUUACCGAUGUUCAGCGCUCUGAUGGGGGCUUCUACAGCUGCCAGGCUCUCAACAUCGCAGGCAGUGUUAUUACCAAAGCACUGCUGGAGGUCACAGACUCGGGGUCAGACCACCCUCCUCCUGUGAUUAGACAGGGACCUCUCAAUCAGACCGUUCCUGUGGACAGCACAGUAGUCCUGGGCUGCCAAACAGCUGACUCUCCACCUUCUACGGUCCACUGGAAGAAGGAUGGUGUAGUGGUGUCUCCAGUGGACUCACGCAUGUCCAUAGCAAACACUGGAUCACUGGAGAUACGCUACGCUAAGCUGGGAGAUACAGGCCUCUACACAUGUGUAGCUUCUAGUCCCAACGGAGAGGCUUCCUGGACAGCAUACUUACAGGUGGAGGAGUUUGGAGUUGUUGUUCAGUCCAGUCAGCCUGUGGACCCUAACCUGAUUCCCAGUGCUCCAUCUAAACCUGAUGUGACUGACAUCGGCCGCACCUCUGUCACUCUGUCGUGGAAAUCCAACCCCAGUGCUGGCGCAACACCUACAUCUUACCUGAUCGAGACAUUCAGUUAUACAUUAGGCAGCAGAUGGGUGACCGUAGCUGAGCAUAUAAAGACACAGACCUUUGUACUGAGGAACCUUAAGCCCGCAACUGUCUACCUCUUCAUGGUCAGAGCGGUAAAUGCUUAUGGCCUCAGUGACCCAAGUCCAAUCUCCGAUUCUGUGAGAACACAAGACAGCACUUCCACCAUGCAAGGGGUGGAUCAUCGUCACAUACAGAGGGAGCUGGGAGAUGUGGUCAUCCACCUGCACACACCAACUGUCCUUUCCUCCUCUGCUGUCAGGGUGCAGUGGAUGGUUGAGCAACAGUCCCCAUACAUACAGGGAUACAAGGUGCUUUACAGGGCGUCCGCUGAGCAUGGCCAGCCUGAGGGGCAGUGGAGCAUCCUAGAGGUGCACACCCCACGGGAGGACGGGGUGGUGAUCGGUCAGCUGAAGAAAGGAGCCAUAUACGAGUUCAAAGUGCGCCCCUUCUUUGAUGAGUUCCAGGGAGCUGACAGUGAGGUGAAGGUGGUCAGGACGUUGGAAGAAGCCCCAAGCAGAGCACCCCAGGGCGUUACAGUGACAAAGAGCGAUGCCAAUGGGACUGCCAUCCUGGUUGCCUGGAAACCGCCUCCGGAACGGGAAGAGGCUGGAGUCAUUCAGGAGUACAAGAUCUGGUGCCUGGGUAAUGAGAGCCGCUAUCACGUGAACCAGUCGGUUGACGGCUCCACCUUCUCUGUGCUCAUCUCCAGUCUGGCGCCAGGAAUUCGAUACAGCGUGGAGGUUGCGGCCAGCAAUGGUGCUGGUCCUGGGGUCAAGAGUGAUGUUACUUUUUUUCAAUUAGACUCUGCAGGCCAGAUGAUGGAUAUCAGUGAGGAAAGAGACACGUUGUCUCAGAUCUCAGACGUGGUGAGGCAGCCGGCAUUUAUCGCUGGCAUUGGCGCCACCUGCUGGCUGGUCCUCAUGAUUUUCAGUGUGUGGCUCUACCGUCACCGCAAGAAGAGAAGUGGCCUCAGCAGUACAUACACCGGCAUCCGCAAGGUGCCCUCAUUCACCUUUACACCUACAGUGGCGUAUCAAAGAGGAGAGUCUGUGUGCAGUGCUGGCAGACCUGGCCUUCUCAGCAUGGGUGAACCUCUAAACCAGCUGUGGCUGCCAGACAAUUGGCCAAAUGCAUGUGCCAAUCACAAGGACUGUAGCAUCAACUGCUGCAAUAAUGGCAAUGGCACCAGUGACAGUAACAUGACAACAUACAGCCGACCAGCCGACUGCAUAGCUAACUAUGGAAAUCAUCCAGAAAACAAGCAGGGGGGACAGCUUGGUUCUGAGACGGCCAUUUACAGCGAUGUGAACCUCUCCAACAAGCUCAACGAGAUUAAAACGUUCAACAACUCCAACUUGUGCUAUGCGAGUCCAGGAGGAGAUUCAGCAGCCACGUAUGAACCCAUCCCAUACGCCACCACACAGCUCAUUCAGGCCAGCAUCAAGAAUAAGGCAGCCACUGGUGGCGCUAUAGCAGAACCUCUGGACAUGCCCUGCUGGAAACAGCCCCCCAACCCACCUCCAAUACCAAAGGAGAUGGCAGCACAGAUGCAGUACAACAUAAUUGAGCAAAACAUGCUCAAUAAAGAUCAUCUGCAAGGAGCUGAAGGGAUGAUCCAUCCUAAAACUAUCCCCUACAUCCAGAGCCGUGAUCACAGCACAGGAGGCUCACACCACAGCUCUGACAGAGGCAGCAACAGCACUUCAGGGAGUCAAAAUCAAAAGAAGGGAACGCGAGCCCCAAAGAUCCCAAAACAUAAUGCAGUAAACUGGGGAGAAGCCCUGUCUCCUCCUCAUGCUAAUGCCUGGGACUGUGAUGAGUACAGCAUACCCAUGGAAAGGAGUUUUGAUCCAGAGGAGAGAAUAGAGGGCUGCCCGACUCCACCAGUUAGAGGGGCAGCCUCAUCCCCUACUGAAGUGUCCUAUAGUCACCCAUCUCACACAGCACCACAGGGAGACCAGAGCAAUGGCCCGCAUGAUGGAACUGAGCACCUCAGCCAGCACAUCACCAGCCACCCUCGCCCUCUUUCCCCAACACACACCUACAGCUCCAUACCCUUCUGCAUUGACACCGAUGUACAGGAAGAGGAUGAGGAGGAGGAAGAGGCAGAGGAGGAGACAGACGCAGAGCUCGCUGAUAGUCAUUUCAGCCAACACCACGACCGGCAGAAGCACAAACACCAGCUGCACCAUCCCUCUUCACACAAGCUGCUCCUCCAUGGGCUGGAGCAGACCCCAGCCUCUAGUACUGGGGAUCUGGACCGAUCAGUCACAGGGUCCAUGGUUAACAGCUGGGGCUCAGCAUCUGAGGACAACAUCUCAUCUGGCAGGUCCAGUGUUGUCAGCACCUCGGAAGGAUCCUUCUUUACAGAUGGCGAUUUCAACCAGGCAGUAACGUCUUCGCGGGAUAUUGUCGGCCUGCGCAUGUGCAGAUACCCAGAGGAGUCAGGCCGGCGGCCCCAGCGACCCAGCAGCCCCAUGUCCACAGACAGCAACAUGAGUCCUGCAAUAACACAUAAAAGACCAAGAAGGCAUAAACAGAACCAGUCUGGUCAACAGGGCUACCAACCCAAAGAUGUCUUCAAUGAUGACUCCUGCAUGCCUCUAAAUUUUCCCAGCCAGAUGUCCCAUGGUGACUAUAAAGCAAGGGGGGCCACGCUGCCCCGGAUGGGCUCUGGGGAGGCACGGGGUCGAAGAGGCAGCACUGGGACUCACAGGGUCAAAGAGGCAUCGGGUGAGCAUAGAGAGAACCAGGACAAGCACAAGACUCCACAAGGAGGAAAAGGAAGCAGCAAAAGCCGACAGCACUCAGAAUUUGGGGAUGUCCUCCUGUAUAGUCGUCCCUCCUUCCCAUCAGGUCAAGCUCAGAGGGAGCCUGAUGAUACUAAUUCAGCCAGCUUUAUGUCAUGUGGAGACUCAAGGACCAAACAGGGAGGACAGGUGGCACCUACAGGACAGGUUGAAGAGCCUCCAGGAGCCUGAACCGCUGGUCGCUCAAUAAAGCAAGAUGAAUGCACAUUUGAUGGCGGUUGUGAGUGUCUACACAAAUAUUGUCCAUGGUGACUGCUUGAUGCGGUCCGUACAUGAUCUUUGCCUGUCAGUUGUCUUGUUAUUUUACUGUAAUUGAUAUUCAGUCAUUACCAGCCAUCUUGUAAAUUCUUGAAAUUGUUUACUGCCACAGAAGUGCUUCAAAUUCAAAUUUUAUAUAACAGUGUUAAUGUUUUAUAAGUGAUGUACAUCUUGUCUUUGUAUUAUUUGUUCUACUUUGGUUAUAAAAGCACAAUCACUUAAUUUUAUUCUAAGUCUUUAUUAUAUGAAUUUCAGUCUGGAGGGAAUCAGUCUUUGGAGUCUUGUUAAUCGUUUCAUCAGUUUGCCUCAGGCUGAGAAAAUGAUUGUUGAUUGUGAUUGUGCAUUCGGUUGCGUACAUUUGAGCUGCUUUCAUUCAGAUUUGAACUAUCUGUUGUGUGUACUGAGAGAAUUGCAUGCAGAUUCACCUGUAGGAGCUUUUACUUAACAUCUUGUCUGCUUUGUCCUCCCUUUGGGAUGGUGAAAAACCUGGUCAUGGACUGGUUCCAUUUAUUGUUUUCUCCUCUGAGUCCAUUUCAUUUAGUCCUGUGUGGCCAUAACUCCUGGAGUAGGACUGGACAAUAUGCUUAAUUUAUCCACUUACUGAUCAUGAGUCUUUGACCAAUCUGAAUUCACUCAUAUGGCAAAUUUUAGAGGAAAAAAAAACUUAAACCUGUCAAAUAUUAGAAAGCCAGUUUAAGAAGGUGAAUAUUAUCAGGCACUGAUGUAUGAAACAAUAAUAUUGCUUAUGUACAGUUAUAAAGUUAAAUUUGCAUUGUGCUAUAGAUUUUAGUCAUAUUGUCCAGCCCUAUUCUCUAAGUUAUAUAUGGAGCAAAUAUGUCACUUUAACUACUCUGUUUCAAUAAAUAUUGCUGUUCCUUAAGCAACAACAACAAAUAAUCUUUCAAUUCAUUCUUGUAUUCAUUCAAGUGAAACACUAAAAAUCUUCACACUAGUUUUUGCCAGGCAAAGAUGGCAAACAGCCUAGUCACUAAAAGAAGAUGUUAGCAGUGUACGUUUCUGCAAACUACAAUCAGCUACAUUAAAGGCCAAAACACACCGGCAGCAAAUGCUGCAAAUCAAAAAACAGGCCUCUAUCAUGUUAUUUUCGAUUAUGUCGGCGGCAGCUAGAUGUACGUUUGCGCUCCUGGAUGUGCCGCCCCACGGCAUUUUAUGCCACUGUCCUAUUUCCAGCCUCGUUGCCCCCACAAUAAAAAAUUAAAAUGCAUUUUUCACCCACUUGCUCUCUGCUUGUACAUACCAGCUCCUGUAGCAGCUCUUUUUCUCUGCUCCUUUGGCAGCUCGACUCCUCUCCUAACCAUUGAUGUAUAAGAGAACUCCGUAGCUGUUGCCACGUCUCGUGUGUGAUGAAGAAUAUCUCAAGCUGAAUGGCCCACAAUCCCAUUCAUUCAUUAUAAAGAUCGUGGCCAAAAAGCCUGGCAAGUCAUACCUCUCCAGACUGGCUCCUCAGAUGAGAAAUCAAGUUUAAUUAGUGGAUGUCCACACAUGAUUUUUAGCUAAUGGAUAGGUGGAGGAAGUACAGAUCUUUCACUUAGUAGUAGUAAUAAAUUUGCGUGUUUAUCUGUUGACAAGCUACACUGCAACAUGUCCAGUGUAUGCUCCCACUUGAUGCACGUCACCUGACAUGGCAUGCCACAUCAAUGUGUUAUCAGCUUUACACCUUCAUACGUAUCACAGCAACGGUUCUGAAGUGCAGUAAUAUGUAAAAUGUGUUUGUCUUGUGGAGGUGGAGGGGAUGGUGGAUGACGUACUCUUGCCAAGCUGCAGACCACUACCAUCGCAAUUUUACAAGUAGCUUUUUAGGUACCAAAUGUGGAUGUGUUUUUAGCGACCCGUUGUGUUCGCUUUAGUUUUGUUAAAACUAAAGCUGAAAAGAAAAGUACGGUGAGUAUAUUUCCUACUCCUUUUGUCACUUUUAACUAAAAACAUUUAACUAAGCUAUAACUCAGACAAUGUUUAAUUUUUUUUAUUUUAAGACCUCGAAAAGUUUUAAUUAUGUAAUCUUUAGGGGGAACUAGUGGUGAGGAUUACAGAUUGCAACCAGCUGAAACUUCUUCUGGUUACAAUUCCUUCAGUGU